AUGGCUGUAGAUCUUCGAUCUAACUUAAAGGCCAGUGGAGAAAGGUUCUACUGGGAUAGUACAUUAGUUAAAUUGAAGGAAUUUGUCUCAAAGGAGUUAAAACUCUCAAGAAGAUGGACGUCGCCGGGCGGAGAAGUAAAGUUAUUCACAGCCGAUACUGUAAGCUUGAAAUGGCACGGAAAAACCAUUAAAACUAUCACAUUGACUGGAAAUUCGACUGAGACGGACGAAUUGUCUAAGAUUCUGACAUCUAUAUGUGAAAGUUCAGUCGAAAAUCAAGUCAGCAAUACAGAGAGAUGUCAAGACCACUUCAAUAAUGACGACAACACCGAAACAAGCAUGGAUGCCACCUCAGGUAAAAGGCUGAAUACAACCGAUUUAUAUAUGCAAUGACCAAGAGUCGUUGGAGAACUCUUUUAAUAAAAGUGGCAAUACUAUUGCCGACAAAACCAACUCGGGGGAUGGCAUGCUUGAGAUUAUUGAGAAUAACAAGUUUGUUAUGACUGAUAGUUCAUGUCAGACAAAUAAUCAGACAGCGAACGAACGCUGGGGCCUUAAUCAUUCAUGUCCAUUAGAUCAAGUUACUACAGAUAUUGAGAGUCUAAAAUCUAAAAUGUCUACUCUUCAGUCGUCAGUUUUGUCUUUUGAAAAUGUACUCAAAGAUCAUGACACGAUAUUAACUUUAUAUAACAGAGCGGCGGAUUUAAACGAAAAAUAUUUAGUUGAAAUAAAUGAGAAAACAGGAUACAUCAAUUCUCUUGAACAAAAACUAAUUAAAAUCGAGGAAGAAAGAGACUCUCUGCAGCUCGCGACAAGGCUUAUUGCACAAGACAAACUUUGUCAACAUAGGGGUAAUAGUGUCGGUUGUCAGUGCCGCAAAAGCAACCCCGUACCAUGGCAAAAAAUUCCUAAUAGUAAUAAAAACGUUCAUAAAACUAACAGUGGAAGUCAACCACAAAUAACGUACAAUAGAUAUGAAUGUCUAAUUGAUGAGGACGAAAUUGCUGAAGUUGUUCAGCCGGAACAACCGGCACAAUGCCCACCAGAGCACACAAGCCAUCCUACUGGUAAUGAAUGUCUAAUUGUUGAGGGAGAAACUGAUGAAAUUGUUAAGCCGGAACAAUCAUCACAAUGCCCACCUGAGCAAACGAACCAUCCCACUGGUAAUGUUUAUCAAAAUCCUAAUCGUCCUGGAGACCAAAGUGCAAGACCGUGUGUUGUCUUAAUCGGCGAUUCUAUCAUUAAAAAUAUCAUUCCACAGAAGCUGUCGCAGAAAAGAGUGCAUAAAUUUGCAUACCCAGGUAAAUCAGCGGACGAAAUAGAGUUUGAAAUACGCAAUAUAGAUCAAAACCUAGCGCCCUCUCAUGUUAUAUUACACUGUGGAACAAACAAUCUUCCAACAGACGACCCAAAUGUUUGGAUAAAAAAACUUGAAGAUUUGUGCUCGAGAGUGCAAGGCAAAUUUCCCAAUGCACAAAUCGGAGUGUCAACUAUCACAUGUAGAAAAGACCUUCAAUUAGCAAAUAAAAUUGAAGAGGUCAAUAAUAAGAUCAAAGACAUGUGUUCUCGUAACGGCUAUAAUAUUAUACUUCAUAAUAAUAUAAAUGAGACAUGCCUGAACAAUAGUAAGCUGCAUCUAAACGCAAAGGGAACCGCAUUACUUGCAGUAGGAUUUAUUAAGUUCCUACGUGGACGGCAGUUUUCUCCACCACAACAACAUCACAACUAUUCAAACCGCCAGUAUGGAAAUUUUCAAAUGGAAAGGACAGCACGUCAAUUAGAGAAUAUUCUGAGGACGAUUACACGAGAACGGACUCGUUAA